AGUCAUCCCGGUGGCGUAAGCAAAAGCUGCACGGGGGGAGUCUGCCAUGGCGGCCGAGAAGCGGCGGUGGCCGGUGUUGUGAGAGCGCUCGCUUCCUGCUGCUGCUCGCCGAGUCCUUCCUUCUUCGACCACGAUGGCACCGUCGCAGCGCGGCUCCAGUGUCCGCUGCGCUGGCCGGGCUGCUGCUUCGUUGCGCGACGUCGUCUGAAGAAAACAGAAACUUGCGCAGCCGUGCAAAUGUGUGUGUGUGCGUGCGACUCGGGAAAAGCGAAAGAGAAAACACGGGCCACUCUGCUUUCGGGUUCGGAUGCCUAAGCUGCUGCUGCUGCCCUGUGUCGACGGUUCUGCUGUUGCCGGAGACGGCUGCAAUUGCAUGGCCGCUGGUCUAAGCUCGGGUCUUGGGACGCGAUGGUGUGGCAGACGGCGGCAUCUGGCGGUGGCCGCCUGAGCAGCGGGAGGCAACGACAUGGCCGACCAGCGUGUGUCCCUUGUCGGGGCUGCCCAGCUAGCCGGCCAGCUGCGCACAGACCCUGCACGGGUGUUGGUGAUUGACAGCCGGCCCUUUCUGGAGUUCAACACAUGCCACAUCCGAGAUGCCGUCAACGUCUGUUGUUCCAAGAUCAUCAAGCGUCGUCUUCAGCAUGACAAGGUGAGCGUGUGCGAGCUGCUGCCCUCCGAUGGUCGCCAGCAGCGGGUCGAGCAGGUAGUGGUGUACGACCAGGGCUCGUGGUCCGUUCCCAGCGGCGAUGACUCCUUCCUCGCCGUGCUGCUUGCCAAACUGGCCAGGGCUUUUCCAGGGCGUGUGGCUCUGCUUGCAGGCGGGCUGCUGGAGUUCUCGAGCCGUCACCGGACGCUGUGCGAGGACGGCGGCUCCCGGGGUCCGCUGACGUCCCUGUCGCAGCCGUGCCUGAGUGCCGCGGGACCGACGCGGAUCCUUCCUUUCCUCUUCCUGGGCUCUCAGCGCGACGCCCAAGACCCCGAGCUGCUGGCGGCGCACAACAUCUGCUACGAGCUGAACGUGAGCACCUCGUGUCCCAAGCCGGACUUCAUCCCCGACGCGCACUUCCUGCGCAUCCCGGUGAACGACAGCCACGCCGACAAGCUGCGGCCCCACUUCGCUCGGGCCUGCCGCUUCCUGGACAAGGUGCGGGAAUCGAGCGGGUGCGUGCUGGUGCACUGUCUGGCCGGCGUGUCACGGUCUCCAACUGUGGCGAUUGCGUACGUCAUGCGACACUUGGGCCUCUCGUCAGACGAUGCCUACCGGUACGUCAAAUCUAAACGCCCCAGCAUCUCGCCAAACUUCAACUUCCUUGGCCAGCUGUUGGAGUAUGAGCGCGAGCUACGUGGUGAAGCUGUUCUGCGGACGGGGGGUGCCGCUAGCGCACCACUGCCGGAAGAGAGGCCCCCCGGCUGCUGCGAGGAGCCUCGGCAGCAGCCCCGCGAGGGGGAGCGGCCUCCCCCCCUUGUGCGACCUGCUUCAGACCCACGGUGGUCCCUUUGCCGGCUGAGUUUGGACUUGCGGGGCUCGAGCACCAGUAGCAACCGACGAGACGUGCAGCGCAGCCGGAGCUGCAACCUGCAGAACUGGCCAUUACUCGGACCGCACCCGGAGGAAGAAUUGGCAUCCACAUCAUCAUUGUCAGCCACGGACUGCCGGCUCCCGGAGCACCAGCAGACGGCGCCGGACGAAGAGGAAGAGGUCGUCCUGCGCCGGCGACACAAGGCAGGCAACUUUGAGCCACGCAGAGACACUCGCAGCCAUGACAGUGCUUACAGGUCUCUCACCUUAGAAGACAUGGCUGAGCUGGAGGCAGCAGCCAGUGUUGAGGCGGGCGCUGCGUGUCCCUUGGCGCCCCCUCCCCUUCCGAUGAGUCCCCUGAGCCCCUCCGAGAGCCACCUGCUCCAGGACUUCGCCUCCUCCCCGCCUGUGGAUAGCUGCUGCCCGGCAGAGAGUCUGUGGGGCCGAUCAGUCGAGCUGGAAGGUUCCCAUGACUCUGGCGUCACCAGUGCCUCGUCCGGUUCCUUCUGGGGCGCUCCGCUGCGGGCGCCAUCAUGUUCCUCCUCCUCAACAUCGUCGUCCACCUCUUCUUCCUCGUCGUCCCUGGCGGCGGAUGCCGGCGUCUACGGUGGCGAGUGUGGUGCCUCGGGCUUCUCCUCGUCACGUGUGCUGCCACGUGCCCAGUCGUGUCCCGUCAUGCUGGGCAGCUGGCUGCGCAGGGCCUCGAGUCUCGACGAGUUCCCUCCCUGCUCCUCCUCGUCUUCGCACGCGGCGGCGCUGGCACGACCGCGUAACCGCUACAGCUGCGGCAGCCUCGAGGCCGUGCUCGGCGAAGCGGGGGCCUCAGUCGCCGCCAUCUCCGUGUCCUCGCUGCGCGAAGCCGCCGCCCGCCGCCAAACGCCGUACUCGCGGCGCUCGGCUAGUCUCAUCCCAGUCUCGUGACGGCGGCCCGUACCGCGGCCGCGACGCCUAACGACGGCCGCGGCAUUGCCGGCGCGAGGCCUCACUGCCAACGCGAUCGGACUGCUGCUGGCGGCCGCCGCCGCUGCGCUGGCCUGGGGACUGACGGGACUCGCGGCGCUCGUCUGAUCGGCGGCGUCUGCACGAGGAAAAGGGGGAGCUUGCUGACGAGUGGCCACGGAACGAGAGAAAGUGGAGGAGUGGAUGGCUACAGAUGACCAGGAAGUCGGUUCAAGUGCGGUCUCUGCAACACAUUCUCACACAUCUUUGAACUGCGUGCAUAUGCGCAGUGAGACUGAGCUUGCACAUGGCGCCAUGGCUCCGGCUUCCUGGUCUGCUGAGCCACGACUUUUGUAGCUGUACGGCUGCAUAUAUAACAUGAUUGGCAUCAGUGUGGUGGCCAGCCGUGUACGUCGUCAGGUGGAGAAAGGGGUAAAAGGCCUCAACAUAUGAGGCAACAGUCAAAACCCAGUGAAAGCAAGUGCACUCCGAGGUCUCGUGGCAACUGCUACUGCGGGACAAUUGUCUUUACAGCCAUACAGAUGUUCGGUCACGACAGCCUUAGUUGCUGAGAGCAACUAAGGCUGUUACCUGGUUACCAGAGGAUGUUACCUGGUUGCGCCAGAGGAUACUGAAGGACUAUUUCUUCCACUUGUAUUUCUAGCUUUAUAAUAGAAACAGUAUGGCUCCUAUUUCAGAAUGCCCGCUUCCCCAACGUCCUCAACCACAUAUCUUUCUGCUGUGUAGCUCUCCUGUCGCUUGUUGAGAACUGUUGGCCAGGGGGAACCUUACACAUCUGACGCACUAGAGUAUGCAAAUUGUAAUGCCUUGACAGAGGGCGUAUUGUAGGGUGCCACGACUCAAGGAGAGCACUCGUGCACCAAAGAUCCUUCUUGUCAUGUACAUAACAUGGCACCAAGCCUAUUGCAAAUUUUAUGCUUGGACGCGCAUGACUGAACCUUGCGAUAUUAGAGCAACUUCAACAUAGGGAAAAGCGCUUCUUUUUGAUAGUAUAUUGUAUGCUUGAUUGCUUGGACGCAGUGAUCACACGGGGUGAAAGACAACCGUUUGAGCUUUGGGCGUUGCACUUUCAUGUGAGGAAGGUGCCCUGACAGUUACCACAGAGUGCCCAGAAGUAGUGCACAGCAAAUCGAUAUUUUUUGAUGCCCAUAUCCAUGUCUGCCAUAGAAUACUAUUGAAACACACACGUGUGAAGCUGCAGCCUAAUGCACGCUGCUGGGAAGUGGAAGGUAUUCGUGUCAUUAUUGCGCAUCUUCCUGAACUCCUUGCGCCAUGCUGUGGCUCUAAAACGUUUCACAAUUAGUCAAAAGCAGCAGCGUGAGCUUCCAUGUGCUUCGUCUUGUCAAUGACUCUGGCAUCAAGCAGUCAUAACAUGUCAGAGACACUGAUGCCUACGAGAGCACUGAGAAAUGAACGUGACAUUGGUUUUGCAGUACCUAUAGCUCAUAAGCAAUUUACAGUGGUGACAGCCCCAGAGCUGUGCUGAGGGCACGGGCUAUCGGUGGCUCCAAGCCAGAUGCCUUUUCUCUGCUGAAGUCUUUCAAGGCGCACGUCACCUUUCUUGCUGAUCUUGGCUAUUAAUCUGCCUACCGUUCACGCUUGAGUUUGCUCUUCCGGUGCCCGUUGUGGCAGCAUAGAUGGGGCAGUCAUUUGAGGACGGCGGGCAAUUGUCGCACGGGGUACCCAAUGUGGAGGCUGACUUUUAUAGUUGUCACUGUGAAUAGCAUGGCUUGACUCCUGCGUCCCACUCACUUUUGUGUGUGUGUGCCCAGCCUCCUGUUUUGUGAACUGACUCGUCAAGUGAGCGGGUGGUUGUCGGCGCAGGAGCUAUGCACUAAACAAGUCUUUACUGCUGCUCCAAAGAAGACGUCUUGCCAAAGCCACAAUGGCUCCUGGCUUACCUGAUGGGGGACAACGUGAAGCGUCAUGUUUCCCUCGGCAAUGUACAAAUGGUUCUUCCUUCCCUUCACCAAACAACCUUUUUGUGUCUGUAACAUGUACUGCACCUGUUUCCUUUCAUGGCAUGGGCCUCCAUGAGGCAGCAGGCCUCUGUAGUGCUAGGCGUGUAGAGAUCUAUCCCUGAGCGGUAUUUAUUGAAAAACUAGUCGAGCCAGUUUAGGAGCGUCCUAGACCUAGCUGCAAAUCUGUCUUCCUAUAUAGUUGCGCCCUGCACCUACCCGGGAGUGGUGCAGUUUUUCCCUUUGUUCUCAUCCUUGUUGUUGUUUUUUUGGGGUGUAAGAUGUGAAUGUCAUCGUGUCUGGCGUAUUAUGCGCAUUGAGGAUGUUUUCUGGCCACGCAGACAGCCGUGGCCAGUUUAUCCAAUGCCAGCGCCACUGGCAAGCUAUGCAGGAGAAAAGAGGAAAAGCUUCACAGAAUGAAUGACCAUAGUUCCAGCCAAGGCUACAAGAUCUGCUUAAGCCACAUUUCUUAUCUAUUGAUAUUUCUGAUUUAUAUGAUUUAUGAUAUGAUAUUAUGAUAUCUAUCAUAUUGAUGAUUUCUGGGAAACUUCGCAAAUCGAUUUUACUAGCUACCAGGGACCUACCAAACAAAGCACAAGUGUUAACGCUUCAAUUGCAAGCUUCUUCUGAAUGCUAAAAGAAAGCCUGCAGAAAAAGUAUUCUUGAACCUGGUGCUGAAUGCACUUUUUGCAUACCUCAUUCACAUGAAAAUUUUGCUGCUUUUGCCAUCUUAAACGUGCAGCAGGAAUCCCACCAGCUCUAUGUAAUAUUUAAGCUAGGUAAAAGUUGGCCAGUCGUGGCAAGCAUUGCUCCUGGCAUGAUCUGUUGCUAUUGACCCGUACGUAUGCACUGCCGCAGCUCUCGUGCUUCUGCAUUUUGCUUGUAUCUGUUUUGUGCUAACCACCCAUUCACAUAUUUAACCACACCGACAAUGCUGUAAGCUUUCCACCAGUGCUUAGGGCCGCGGCUACUUUGCACAGCAGUGAGUGCAUCUGCUACCUUUGGGGUAAUUUCGAAUCAGGGUGUUAGCAGUGAAAGAUCAGGCAAAAAUUUUUGCCGAUCAUAGUGCGACAGAUGCAGUUUCUCUCUUUGCCCUCGCAUAUUACCAUUUCACCUUUUCACGCACACGUGUUGUAUGGCACAAUAGGGAUCACCUGAGCUUAAGCUGACAACGCAAUCUCCAAAACCGGUUCAUAGAUUUAUAAGGUGUCCAUAGCUGCAUAUCCUGGCAUUUGCGCUUGCCAAACUUUUAUGUUGUCAUAACCUGACCAGCAGUGCGUAAGCCUUUGGGAUUUACACAUUUUAUACAAAUUUUGUCGGCAGAUAAGUCAUCAGCCUUUUAUUUUGCUAUCUCUGUGGACACGGAACUUUUUCGUUCGUUCAACACUGACGAAAGGCUGAAUUUGGCACGUCGGCUUCUCGACUUCCAAGUUCAGGAUCAGCUUGCUCAUGAAGUUAGUUGUGUCUCCAUCAUGUGUCGCAGCAGAACAGAAUCAAGCCAGUUGCAGUAAUUGGAGCAGCAUGCCAUCGCACGAGUAUAGCAGUAUCAGACAAUUGAAGUCCACCUUUUAGUCGUGUAAAGCGAGAGGCCCUAAAUGCGCAGACAAAUUUAUCGUCUAACGAACUGGAUCCCUGCAGCCCCUGUGCACUCUUAGAUGUUUGUACACACACGAGAAGCAAAAUUGGUUCCUGGAUUAUAAAGUGAUGAAUUAGAGUGGUUUUCGAUUUUUGGUUUAAGUGAACAUGUUGGUAUGCUAAAGUAUGCCGCACACGUUAUGAAUGCACAUGUAGUGGUUUCAUGUUCAUAAUGUGUUGGUCGCAACCAACUAGGUCAUCUAAGAGCAUUGAUCUUGAAAUAAUUUCGUGUGAGCCACCAAAUGGUUGUGCAUCUUACUCAUUUGAAAAUAGCCAGAUGUUCAAGCUAUGGACACGAAAAACAGAGCCCGACACAUUUCCUAUGUAAUUACCUUAUAUGUUAUGUCCUGCUCUUUGUGUCUUCCGUGCGACUGUUUGGCCGUUUUCAAGUGAAGGUGCACGACUGACAAGCAGAGGCAUUUCUUGAAAGUUUAAAAGUGCGAGGACGCGUAACUUUGGAGGCAGUCUCUCUUGUCCUCUGCACUUCUUUUUGCUUGUUGCACUUGUAAGAAGCAGUGCCCCCUAUCAACUGUAACCCCAGUGCUCGCUUGUUGACGUGUGGUCGGGUGACGCUCGUGCAAUGUGCGCUUCCAACUGGAGCGUGCCCCUACGCAGCCGGCGUAUCGCGUGUGCUUGUGUGCAAUCAGAGCUGCUGCCUAUGGAUGGUAAGCGUUUGGCCAUGUUGGGGUGCAUAUUCCCCCGAGAGCGUGCAUUAUUUAGACCUCUGUUAAGUUUUUCCUCCUCCUCUGCUGCACAUACGCGCAGUUUCGUCUAGUGCCUUGUGCUGUGUGUCCACUGACCGUGUAGCGCUGAACUGCCACCGGUGUCUCUAUUCUGCGAGCUGUACCAAAUGUAAACAUGCCAGCAGUUUCCGCACCGCCCCCACAUCUGUGGCCCAGGCGCGUAGUGCGUUGGUGUCUGUGUGAGAAUCGCAAAAGGAGCAAGCAUAUCAACUGCAAAUUGUUUUUGGAACUCUCAUUUGGACCUAUCACGGGCAGUCAUAUUCGGCUGUGUCUGCGGCGUUGAGUGCAACUGGUGAAAUGCGUGUGUACGGAAUGCUGUCGUCGGUACGCGGCACUUGGCAGCUGUGUUGCGUGUACAUUUCCUGUGUGGUUUCCUUUUGACGUCUACCAUCCAUCAUAUGUUGAACCUCCUUCUUAGAUGCCCGAUGGUAGUUGGGGCUAGAUUAUUUACGAUCGUGCCACCUUCCAAGUGUCGCGACCCGGUGACUGUGCUGCCGACAGUUUUUCUUUUGUUCGAAGUGCUGGAGAGUUGCUCUUGUGUUGGACGUGUGGCUGAUCGCCCCGACAAGAAAUAAAACGCUCGUGGCCUCCCUGA